GGAAGUGUUUUGUUGAUAUUUGCUGAAAAAUUUUCAUUUUUUAUUAAAAUUUAUUAAAAAUUGAUAAAAUAUUUUACUUUAAAAGUGUUCAAAAAUUAUUUUUUCAUAAAAAAAUUAUUAAUUUUUAAAUUUUCUUAAGAAAUUUUAUCAAAAAUUGUUAAAAAUUAAGAAGAAAAAAAUUAUUUGUUUACACUUCUGAUUCAGCAUUAAAUCAAAAAUUACUCUCAAAGCCGGUUUUCUCUCAAUUUUCUCACUUUUAAGUAAAAAGCCAGGCGUUAACUGAUUAUUUAAAUUUUUUGAACGUUAAAAAUUUUCAUUUCAAUGGCAAGUCCCAAGGCUCGUUAUGAUCAUUAUCGUCUCUACAGAGUUCAUUUAGCAACCGAUGAGCAACUGAAGACGUUCCAGGAACUCGAAGCUCGUAGUGACAGCUAUGUUUUUUACGGGCAUGCACGAGUUGUGGGUCAAAAAGUCACUUUGAUGGUCGCUGCACAUAAAAUUGCGGAAUUUGCUGUUGAUAUUUUGGAUAAAUAUGGCGUUCAAUACGAAUUAUUGGAGUGUAAUAUGCAACGAAAAAUGGAUGUCGAAGCAACAAAUGUUCUUCCGAAGGACACAAAAGCCGAAAAUUUCGACUGGGAGCAUUACUUUCACCUGGAAACGAUCAAUAACUGGCUUGAAAAAUGCGUUUCGGAGUAUUCAUUCGUGUCGUCUCUCAGUCUUGGUGACAGCUUCGAAGGAUUGCCGAUCAAAGGUGUGAAAAUCGCAUUUGGAGGCGAUGAAAAACCCGCAAUUUUCGUCGAAGGAGGCAUUCAUGCGCGAGAAUGGAUUAGUCCAGCGACAGCUACGUACAUUUUGAACGAAAUUUUAACGUCGAAGGAUGAAAAAAUUGUGGAUUUGCGUGAAAAUUACACUUGGUACUUCUUUCCCGUUGUCAAUCCCGAUGGUUACAAGUUCACGUUCGAGCAUGAUCGGUUAUGGCGCAAGAAUCGUCAACCACAUUCGUUGGUUUACAAAGGUGUUGAUUUAAAUCGAAACUUUGACAGUGCAUGGAAUGGCAACGGAUCGAGUGCAGAUCCCGCGAAUUACGAUUAUGCCGGAAGUAAAGCGUUUUCGGAGCCAGAAAGUGCAGCAAUUGCCAAAUUUAUCCUCGAGAAUGGCAAGAAAAUUAAAAGUUACAUUGCGCUUCACUCGUAUUCGCAGCUUGUUAUGUUUCCCUUUGGUCAUACAGCGGAGCCCAUUAGAAACUACGAGGAUCACAAACGCAUCGUAGAAAAAGCAAAAAUCGCCAUUCACGAAACGCACGGAAAAGUUUACAACGUUGGAAGUAAACACGAAACAAUUUACCCGUCGAGCGGCGGAAGCAUUGAUUGGGCUUACGACACUGGAAAAAUCCCCAUUUCUGUAACUUUUGAGCUGCGAGGUCCUCCCGACAGUGCCGACAUGUUUAUUCUGCCAGCCGAAGAAAUUAUUCCAACGGCCCAAGAAGCACUCGCAGCUUUUAUUGCGAUCGUCAAUGAAGCAAAACUACUCGGCUACUAUAAAAAUGUCUAAAAAAAAUUUGCAAAUUAUCAAAUAAAAUUCACUUAAUUACUACAAACUGUCACUUUUUGACACGAUACCUGACAAAUUGUCUUGUCUAUUGUCUUCUAACAAAUUUUUUUUUUUUGAGAUCUUCACGAGAUGAGACGCACGACUAUGCGAAACACAAAAAAUGAUUAUGAUCUCAUUAUAUUUUUAUAAACAAAACGAAAUGCUGCCGAAACACGCCGAACUGCUGUUUUCAUUGUUUUCGUUACACAAAAAAACAGCCGGAUUUUCACCGCAAGUCAAUAAAUAUUUUUAA